AUGGCGCCAAAUGUAAAAGGAGUGUACCAGAUACUUACAAUGAUGCCUGUAGCUUUCCACGGACCAAGUACGCCCCCAGCUGCACCGCAGCCGGAGGCACGACCAAGUACGCCCCCAGCUGCACCGCAGCCGGAGGCACGACCAUGUACGCCCCCAGCUGCACCGCAGCCGGAGCCGCGGACACCCGCAGGCAGCCCGGCCCCGCCAGUGUUUGGCGCAUCGACUCCAAAAUUAGCGGCAGGAGGGGUUUUUGACUUUCAGGACAGAGCACCGUCACCUGUGCCGCCACUUAGAGAAGUGCAGCAAAAUGCAGGGGGCCUCCCUCCACCGAGGCUAACCGGGCGACGAGCUAUUACUGUUGAAGCCUUCAUUGAACAGAUACAAGCAGACUCCUCACACGCACCGAUUGGCGAGAAAUGCUCUUUCUUCGACUCUUACUUCAUAGGCGAGGAGAAGAUUGGCUUCCAGUCGAUCCUCGUGUUCAAAUGCAGGGAGUGCCGUGUACUGACGCGCCUCGACACGGAUAAACGCUAUGGAAAAACUCUGAGCAUCAAUAAGGCCAUGACGUUGGGUGCACUCAAUGGCGGUGGAGGGUAUGCGAACAUUUCAGAGAUGGCCGCGGCUGUCAACAUGCCCUGUAUGGUGCCGUCCACGUACAGACGCAAUGAGCAAUGGCUCGGAACCGAGUUUGAGAAGAUGACUCUGGAGUCAAUGCUGGAGGCUGGCAUGAAGGAGGUGCUCCUAGCAAUAGAGGCAGGCGACGUUUCCCCCGACGGAGUGCCGUGGAUCCGUGUCAUUGCUGACGGGAUGUGGGGUAAACGGUCAUAUGGCACAACGUACAAUGCGAAGUCUGGAGUUGCGUUUAUUAUUGGCGCUCGUACACGCAAAGUCCUGUUCUAUGCAGUGAAGAACAAACACUGCUUCCUGUGUGUGCUCUACCUGAACAGCAAUAGGAAGAUUAAAACCCAUACGUGUGCUAAAAACUUCUCAGGCGCUAGCGGGCAAAUGGAAUCCGCGAUCCUUUUGUCUGGCUUCCAAGCGAGCAUGGAUAUGCACGGGGUUCGAUACCUCCAGCUCGUCGCUGAUCGGGAUUCAACCGUCCACACAACCCUGCUCGACUCAGCUCCCUACGGCGUCCUGCACACCGUACAGAAAAUAGACUGCAAGAACCAUCUGCUGCGAAACUACAGGACGUGGUGUAUGCAGCUGAGCACCAACACUAACUUUCCUUUGCCCGAUGGAGCCAAGGACCAAGGACAAGAGCAGUUCUGGAGGAAGGAGAUUAGGGCUUUGCGCUCAGAGAUCAAGAAGAACAUCACGCGACUAGCAACAGGCAUAUGCCAGGCUACCACCUACCGCUCUGGACAAAUGGGAACUCUACACGAACGCACGCAGAACUUGAGGAAAGACAUUCUGAACGUGGCGAGCCAUGUGUUUGGCGACCACAAGGCGUGUGCGGACUACUUCUGUCCCGCAGCCCAGCAGCGGCGAGCAGCAGCGGCGGCUGCAGCAGCCACCUCGGCCCCCGGGCCGUCUCAGUGCACGGGUGGGGCGGGAGUGGCCGCGCCUGAACAAAAUUUGGUUCCUCGUUUGGAAAAGUCUGGAUUGUGGAGAAAGCUGAUGGAAAACCUAGACUCAGUCGCUAAUCACGCCCACAGCUUGAUCCACAAUGCCAACAACAAUUUGUGCGAGGUUGCUAACAGCGUGGUAGCCAAGUUCAUUGCCGGCAAACGGGUGUUUUACUCCGGCAGAGAGUCGUUCAACACAAGGUGUGCAGCCGCCGCCUUGGCCAUGAACACUUCUGGGGGGUUCCGCGAAGUCAUGCACCGGGAACUGCAGGACGGUGCCAGUCCAGGCCAAUACACUGCUAAGCAUUCUGAAACUAAGGUCAGGAGGCUGAAGCAGCAGCGAACCCGCCGAGCCAUCGCACGGGAGCAGCCCGGGCCGCGGCCGCGGCGUGUGUGCGACGCGCCUGGGGGACCCCAGGGCUACGGGCUGGAGGCGCGCGCCCCCGGCGACAGGGACGAGAGCGUCGACGACCCGGACCCCGCCGCCCACGAGCUCCCCCUAGAGGAAGACCCCCAGCUCGAACGCAGGAUGCAGGAAGUGACCGACCGGCUGCAGGCAGACCUGACCCGCCUGCAAGAGGUGGCCUCUUAUCCGCAGGGGGGGCACCAGUGGAUGGAGGCGCGGAAAAUUCGCCUCACUGCCAGUACUUUUGGCCCUAUAGUCAGAAGGGAAAGGGGGAAAAGCUGCAAGAUACUUCUACGAACCAUGGUCCACACUCCCAAAAACCGCACUGCGGCCAUGCAGCACGGGACGGACAUGGAGGAAACCGCCAGGCGCCACUACGAGGAAAAGCACGGCCUGACGGUUGAGAGGGUCGGACUCGUGGUGGACAAGCAGCUUCCCUUCCUAGCAGCCAGCCCGGACGGCCUGAUUGGCGAUGAAGAGCUGCUUGAGAUCAAGUGCCCAACAAGUGGCGUAGACUUCGAAUCAGCUGAGGUAGCUGUCAGGGAACAGAAGCUGAAAUACCUGAAAUUUGGGGAUGACGACCAGUUGUACCUAGACCCUAGGAGCGACUACUACUACCAGAUUCAAGGGCAGCUCCACAUGACUGGGCGUAAGUUUUGUACGCUGUUUGUCAAUUCAGCGAACAGUAAAAAACGCGCCCGCAAGAGUUGUUUAGGAAAAAGAGUUACAAAUCCAAAGAAACGACAGCUGUUGGAUUUCUGAAAUGGAGCCCAAACUGACUGAGUUUUACUAUGGAUGCUACCUACAAGAACUUGUGUCUCCCCGGUUCACAUUGCGUCGGCGAGAAGCUGAUAUUCGGGAGCUAAGAAGCCUACCAGUAGAAGUAGAAGAGAAAAACAAGAUACAGGAGGAAAAGAAGAGACGAAAGAGGGAGGAGCAGCAACAGAUUAGGAAAGAGAAAGCUGAGGAGAAAAGGAAAAAGGUGGCAGAGGAAAAGGCCCAAAAAAUUGCCGCAAAAAAGCCACGGCUAUGCAAAGAGUAAAUGUACAUACCAUUUAAUAAAUAAU